CGCGCAUUGAACAAGUCAACUUCCCACUGUGUAUUUCUGUGUGUUAGAGAGAGAGAGAGAAAGGAGAGAGAAUGGCAAACCCUAAGGUGUUCUUCGACAUGUCCGUGGGCGGGGCGCCGGUCGGCCGCAUCGUGAUGGAGCUCUACGCCGACACUACCCCCCGCACCGCCGAGAACUUCCGCGCCCUCUGCACGGGCGAGAAGGGCGUCGGCAAGUCCGGCAAGCCCCUGCACUACAAGGGCUCCAACUUCCACCGCGUGAUCCCGGGUUUCAUGUGCCAGGGCGGCGACUUCACCGCCGGGAACGGCACAGGCGGCGAGUCCAUAUACGGAUCCAAGUUCGCCGACGAGAACUUCAUCAAGAAGCAUACCGGCGCCGGGAUCCUCUCCAUGGCCAACGCUGGUCCCGGGACCAACGGGUCGCAGUUCUUUAUAUGCACGGCCAAGACGGACUGGCUCGAUGGGAAGCACGUCGUGUUUGGGAGGGUGGUGGAGGGGUUGGAUAUCGUGAAGGCGAUCGAGAAGGUCGGGUCGAGCUCCGGGAGGUGCUCGAAGACCGUGACCGUCGCUGAUUGCGGCCAGCUGUCUUGAAUUUGAACUGAAAUCUGAAUAAUUUGAUCCGAUGAGGUCUACUUGAGGAUCGUUAAUUUGUGUCUUGUCUCCCUAUCUCUAUCUAGGCUUGUGUUUUUUGUUGAGUCUGGUCUCUGGUUUGGUUACUUUGAAUGGAAGGCUUUUGGUGUGUGUUUGGAAGUUUACUUCUAUGGAAAUAAGCGAGGUUCGUGUUUA